AUGGCGCCAGAGGUUUUGUUAAAGAAAGGGUACGGGAUGGAGUGUGAUUUGUGGUCUUUGGGGGCAAUAUUGUAUGAGAUGCUUAUAGGUUAUCCUCCGUUUUGUUCUGAUGAUCCUAGGAUGACAUGUCGCAAGAUAAUAAAUUGGAGAACAUGCUUGAAGUUCCCUGAAGAACCAAAAAUAUCUGAUGAGGCUAAGGAUCUGAUCUGUCAUUUGUUAUGUGAUGUUGACAAAAGAUUGGGGACAAAAGGUGUUGAAGAAAUUAAGGGACAUCCGUGGUUUAGAGGCACCAAAUGGGACAUGCUUUAUGAAAUGGAGGCUGCAUACAAACCUACUGUGAACGGAGAUUUGGACACUCAGAAUUUUGAAAAUUUUGAUGAGGUAGAAAAGCCACCAUCUAACACGCCAAGAGUAGGACCUUGGAGGAAGAUGUUGACAUCCAAAGAUGCUAACUUUAUUGGAUAUACGUUCAAGAAAUCGGAUCUCCUGAAAUCAGCCGACUCUGCAGGCAUAGAUAUGAGUUUGAAUGGACCUUCCAAACAUCCAUCAGUAAUGUCGUUAUUUGGCGAAAUGGAGUUGAAAGAUUCUAUAAUAGCCGAAGACGACCCAAAGCGGCACGAGUCUUGA